AUGGAGAUAACAGUCAUAUCAGCCCAAGGACUCAAGAAAACAUCAUCAGGCCCUUUCUCUCACCGUCUAAGACCCUUCAUCACCAUCACCGCAUACCCGCCGAACCCACACAACAGUAAUGAGAAGUGUCAAAUGUACAGAACAAGAGUCGAUGAUCAAGGAGGAGUAAAUCCGACAUGGGGUGAUAAGUUUCAUGUCCCUAUAGACAUGGCCUUCUUUCAGAAUCGGUAUUCUUGUAUUUAUCUCCAUCUCUACACAAAAAGGCUCAUCACGGGCCAAGUCCAACUUGGUUGGUGCCAGGUUCCAGUUACUGAUAUUGGGUUUCUGCCUGAGGGUUCAGUAAGGUACCUGAGUUACCGGAUACUGGCUAGAGAUGGUACAAGGACUCCUGGAGUUGUCAAUCUUGCUAUAAGGUUAACAUGUUUACAACAGGUUGCCGUUCUUCCAGAUUCAAGAGCUUCCGACGAGUGCAAAACCGUGAUCGGUAUUCCGGUGACAAUGUUUUCGCACACCAGCAUUUGUCAAUGA